GUCAAUGUCAACACUGUACAAAAGCUCUACAAAAAAAAACGAAUGUGUAUCUUUUGUGAUUCUUUAUUAAAUAAAACUAAAUUAAAAUUCAAUUUCAUAAAUAUUGUUCAAAGUUAAACAUCUAUAAUGAAUAAGUUUUCUGGUUUAUGGCGAAUAAACCAUAUUAUUCAGUUUCAGCAAAUAAGGUUAGGACACAGAAUGAGAGGAAAACCUCCAAUAUUUUGCAGAUCAAUAAAAGAACGUUUAGACGAAAUAAACUAUAAAGAUGAGUUGUACACCACAAGAAUUGAUAUUGGGUUUCCACCUGAGAAAAAAUCAUCAUCAUCAGCUCGUGCAGACCGUUUAGAACAAAUGAAAAAAGUUAAGAAUGAUAAAAACCUUGAACAGCUGGCUCGGAAAGGAAAAUUAGAAAUAGACAUGGACCAAGCUAAAAAAGAUUGGCUGGCGUCCUUAGGGCCACAGCACAAAAAACAAAUAGCAGAGCACUAUGCAAUAUAUGAACAUUUGUAUGGAGAAGGAUUUUUCAUACCUCAUUUAAAUUUGGACAUAUUCUAUGAUUUAAAAGAUGGAAAUUGCUUGCCAGUGUACUAUGGAAAUGUUAUAAAACCAGCUGAAGCACUUGAAAGUCCUAUUGUGUCUUUUGAAUCUGAUGGCAAUACGCUGUGGACAUUAGCUUUAACUAAUCUUGAUGGACAUCUGAAAGAAAGUGACAAGGAGUAUGUGCAUUGGCUCAUUGCCAACAUUCCUGGGAACAGUAUUGAGAAAGGGGAUGUUAUUGCAGAUUACUUAAGGCCUUUCCCAUUGAAAGGUACUGGAUAUCAUAGAUAUGCAUUUGUGCUUUAUAAACAGGAUGGAAGGGUCUCUUAUGAUUUACCUAAAAUCACAUCAUCAUCACCCCUAGAGGAUAGAACAUUUAGCACAAGAGAUUGGUACAAGAAGCAUCAAGACAAUAUAACUCCUAUAGGACUUGCCUUUUAUCAAACCGAUUGGGAUGCAAGUGUGAAGGACUUCUUCCACAAGACACUGAACCAAAAAGAACCAAUUUAUGAAUAUGACUUCCCAGAACCAUACAUAAAACCUCAAGUAUGGUUUCCCCUCAGACAACCAUUUAACUUGUACAUGGAUAAAUACCGAGAUCCUAAGCAAAUUAAUAAGGAGUAUCUCUUGCGUAAGCUCAAAAACGAAGAUCCAUUUAGUACUCCACCACCACCUCUCAAGUUCCCCAAUGCUCAGUAUAUGCCAACAAAUAUGCCUUCGUGGUUGAAGUUACAUGAGAGGAAAAUACGACUUCGCUGGGGAAGAGUCAACGAUGUGUAAAACUAAGUAAUAAAUUAUGUAUUAUAGACACUA